GCUGAGGGCAAAUCAACUCCAGCUGCUCAUUGGUUGAAAAAUAUGGAAUCAGAUGACGUAGCGGUUCCGGUUUCUAGGGCCCGAGAAAAGGUAACUUUCGGUCAUUUCUGGGUAGGCUGAAGUGACCGGGUUUUCAUCGCUGAAGGACCUCUCAGAUGACCUGUUCUAUAUUGUUGAAAGGCAGACAGGAGCUUGUACUCUACAAGGGAGGGAACAUGUGCUCUUGAAACACUCCUUCAUAGGAGGUCUCCCAUAUAAAAGCUGAGAAAGGUGCAGGGGCUGUUUGUUACAGAGCAAGACGGAGGUUGGAAUUGGGAGACAGUGGACCAGAUACUUUCAUACUACACUGUGGAUUCUCAAAAUUGUCAGCCUUUUGGCUUUACUCUUUCUGAACCUUCCCAUCUGAUUUAAUGACUAAAUAAUCGUCACACACCCUAAGACAUCUUUGGGACCAGCACACUGUUCAAAACUCAUCUGACCACUUUUGCUGCUUAGUUGCCUCAGUUACCUGCACUCUAAGAGAACAGUAUGGGACUCCAGUCGGACUCUGCACUUGAAUCCAUCCUGCUCUUUCCAAUCCACCUUCUGGUAUGGCUUUAUUCCAUCCUGUCCUUCCUGCCCUGGUACUAUAUCACUGGUGCUGGGCAAAAAACAUCUGUGUCUAAGCGGAUAAAGGCCCGCUCUACUUCAGGUUGUUCAGAGGGACCAUACCGCUCUGUGGACCACUUUGAUUCCCUGGCCAGGGAGGACUUCCCAGGCAAGAACACCUUGGAUAAGCUAUUUGAGCAUGCUGUGCAGCGCUUUGGACAAGCACAUUGUCUUGGUACCCGAGAUAUACUGAGCGAAGAGAAUGAGAUUCAACCUACUGGUAAAUUAUUUAAAAAGCUGAUCCUGGGAAAGUAUAGAUGGCUGUCCUACAAUGAGCUGGAUGCUGUAGUUGGUCAGUUUGGCAGUGGAUUGGCAGCUCUGGGGCAGCAGCCUAAAAGCAAUAUUGCAAUUUUCUGUGAGACCAGAGCAGAGUGGAUGAUCACGGCCCAGGCAUGCUUCAGGCGCAACUUCCCAUUGGUGACAUUCUAUUCCACCCUGGGAGAGGAGGCAAUUGCAUUUGGGCUAAAUGAGACUGGAGUUACACAUCUGGUUACCAGUGUGGAAUUGCUUGAGACUAAACUGAAAAAUGUGCUUUCACAAAUCCCAAAACUGAAGCAUGUGAUCUAUGUGGACCAGAAGAAAGUGAGCACAGAAGGCUACCCGGCAGGACUGUCCAUCCACAGCAUGCAGGCCGUACUAGAGCUGGGCACGCUGCCUGAAAAUAUGGCGAGAGAGAUUGUGAAGCCCCAGCCUUCUGAUCUGGCUGUGAUAAUGUACACCAGUGGGUCUACAGGUAGACCUAAAGGGGUCAUGAUUGUCCACAGUAACCUAAUAGCAGGAAUGACAGGCCAGUGUGAACGCAUUCCUGGUCUGGGGCCUAGUGAUACUUACAUAGCCUAUCUGCCCCUGGCUCACGUUCUGGAAAUGACAGCUGAAAUCUCCUGUGUCACAUAUGGCUGUCGGAUCGGUUACUCAUCUCCUCAGACGCUGUCGGACCAGUCUACCAAGAUAAAAAAAGGAAGUAAAGGAGACUGCUCUGUGCUCAGACCCACCCUGAUGGCAGCUGUGCCAGAAAUUAUGGAUCGAAUAAACAAGAACGUGAUGAGCAAAGUGCAAGAAAUGAGUUUCAUUCAGAAGAAGCUGUUUACUCUGGGCUACAAUUAUAAACUUGAGCAGAUCAAGAGAGGCUAUGACGCACCACUCUGCAAUGCCCUGUUGUUCCGGAAAGUGAAGAAACUACUGGGAGGGCAGGUGAGGAUGAUGUUGUCUGGAGGAGCCCCACUGUCAGCAGCCACUCAGAGAUUUAUGAAUGUAUGCUUCUGUUGUCCAGUGGGCCAGGGCUAUGGCCUCACUGAGACCUGCGGAGCGGGCACCAUUACUGAGGUUGCAGACAUCAGCACUGGCCGUGUUGGAGCUCCUCUUGUGUGCUGUGAGAUCAGACUCAGGGACUGGGCUGAAGGAGGCUACACCAGCAAAGACAAGCCAAACCCAAGAGGAGAGAUCCUGAUAGGUGGUCCCAAUGUAACUAUGGGUUACUACAGGAAUGAAAGCAACAGUCAGGACUUUUUUGUGGAUGAAAAAGGUCAGAGAUGGUUCUGCACUGGAGACAUAGGAGAGAUUUACCCAGAUGGCUGUCUACAAAUAGUGGACCGCAAGAAGGACUUAGUGAAACUGCAGGCGGGGGAGUAUGUGUCUCUUGGUAAGGUCGAGUCUGCUCUGAAAAACUGCUCUCUCGUGGACAACAUCUGUGCAUACGCAAACAGUGAACAGAACUACGUGAUCAGCUUUGUGGUUCCCAACCAGAAAAAGUUGACAGAGCUGGCCAAAGAGAGAGGCAUUGUGGGAAAAUGGGAAGAGAUCUGCACUCACCCUGAAAUGGAAAGAGAGGUUCUGAGGAAGAUCAAGGAGGUCGCUGUGAACAUAAAACUCCAGCGAUUUGAAAUUCCAUUGAAAGUGCAUCUGAGUCCAGAGCCGUGGACCCCUGAGACAGGUCUUGUCACAGAUGCAUUCAAGCUGAAGAGGAAAGAGCUGAAGAACCACUAUCUCCAACACAUAGAGAGAAUGUAUGGGGGUAAAUAACUGUGUCACUUUCAUCCAAGAGUCCCCAUUAAUGCCAAAACCACUGUUUUGAUCUGUAAAUAGUCUUCUUGGGACCUAAUUGGAUUAUUAUGCUGUUUGUGAACCAUGGGCGUUCAAAUGAAAAUAGUUUGAACAGAAGCUUUGAAGCUGUAGAUAGUUGUAGCUGUUGAUCUAUAUUUGCUGCUUUUUUGUGUAGAAUUUUUGAUUGUCCGAGGUGCACCCCAGUGUUCCAAGUCAAGGGUCAGAGACCAUUACAGCAUUCAGCUGCCAUCCAUUUCAAUCUGUUGGCAUUUUGUUUGUACCUGAUUUAAAAAAAAAAAAAAAAAAUACCAGUCCUCCUUAUGUUGCUGAUGCCAGUGGUGGACGUAGCAACAUCACACUGCAAAUACUCCACUACAAGUAACAAUCCUCCAUUCAGAACCAUUAAGUCAGCAAAAUGUACUUAAAGCAUCAAAAGUAAAAGUACUCAUUGUGUAGUAAAAUAGUCCCUGUCAGUUGCUUUUGGAUUAACAUUAACAGCUGCAUUAAUCUGUUGCAUUUUGCUGCUGUAAAUGUUGAAGGUUCAGCCUAAUAUAAUCACUUCAUAUAGUGUUGUAGUUUAAUCUUCAACAAGGCAUCCUAUUCAGUAACAACAUCAUUUUAUGUUUGACUGUGUCUAAAAUGUCCAGCUAAUCCAAUAGCACUUUUGAAUAGUCUUCUGAAGAAGUAUGAGAAUUUUCUCAUCCCAUAAAAGAACACUUCAUCAAAAAUUCAAAAUCAUCAAAUAUGGAGAUACUUGAUCUUCACUGGGUAGGAAGAGUGUGAAAAAAUGUAACUAACUGUAAAAGUAACAUGUAAACUAGAGCUGUCUUACAAAUGUAGUGGGAUGAAAAGGACAAUAUUUCUCCCUGAGAUGUAGUGGUGUGAAGGUGCAGAAAGUGGAAAUACUCAGAUUACAGAUUACAAGUACAAAUACCUCAGAUUUGCACUUGAAUAAAUGUUCUGUUAGAUUCCACCACUGGCUGAUGCUUUGUUGUUAUUAACAUUAAAAAUAAUGACUGUAAUCAUUGUGGUUACUUGUAAUGCUUUUUAUAAAGUUGGAGUACUGAUGCUACUGUGCCUUCAGUCUGCAGUACUUGUGUGGUCAAGCUAAAGUGGCAUCUAGAUAAAAACAAAUAGUUUACGCUUUUAUAGAAAUUGCUAAACUGCCAUGUGAUGUUAAAAAGGUCAUGUCUGCUUGUCUGCUUUUUUUUCUUUUUUCAGUGCUUUUUGUUAAUGUGUUGGUUUACUCAGAAAGGAAGACCAAAAUGUGUAAACACAAAUGACUCAGGAAGAUCAGCAAAGGUUUUAAUAUAUGAAAUUGUCAUUGUUGUUGUAUAGAAAGUACUUCUGUCAAAAUUUUUGUGGGCACCUUAUUUAUUUAAGAGCGAGCAUGCUUAACUGCUAACCAACUACUAAAAUUCUUAUUAGCACUUGCUAGUCACCUUUGGCAUACUGUAAUACUGUUGUAUUUUACCUCAGUUAACAGAUUAAUAUACAAAUUGGUGUCAAGAGGUAUCUGAAGUUCAUUUUAAUAUUAUAGGAGUGUUUUCUAUGUAUUUUUCAAAGUGUUGUGUUGGAUUUGCAUCAUCAAAACUUUAAGCACGCAGACAUUGACAGUUACAUUUCAUUCGGUUGAUGGUGAUCCUAUUUGUAUUUAUUACUCCAUCGUUAUGAGCACAUGCCUUGUUCAACGACUGAAAAUAAAGAUCUUUUCGUAUUCA